AUGGGGCGGCGGCGGCGCCGGGUGGACCGGGCAGACGCCGCUGCGGCCUUGCCCGCGGCCAUCGCCGCGCUGAGUCGGACGCUGCCCGCUGGGCCCAGCCCCGAGACCUUCCGCCGCGCCAAGUUCGACCGUCCGGAGGCGGCCCCCGCCCUCUGGCAGCUGCUCUUCCGCGUGCUCUCGCAGCUGCGAGCUGGCGGCGCCACGGCCUCCCCAGCCCUGGAGGCCCAAGCCCGUUGGGUGAAGUCGGAGCUGCUCUCCCAGGGCUACCCGCGGCGGGGGCUCGCUCAGCUCCCCGAGGACGGCUCCCAGGGCAGCCGCGAGCUGCUCCUGGCUCUGUCCUGGCUGCUGGCCCGCGAGCCCCUGCCCGAGCGGCUGCUGGCCCAGACCCGCGUGCGGCUGGGCGACGAGAUGCCUGUGUGCGAGUGUGAGGCCCUGGCCAGCCCUGGCCUGCCCGUGCCGCGCGCCGAAGCAGAUGGCCCUGUGGAUGUCCGCUACCUGCAGUGGCUGAUGGGGAAGCUGCGGCUCCGGUGGCGAAACCUGGUGGCCAGUCAGCAGGAGCAGUGCGCCCUCCUGGGCAAGCUGCUCCGGAGGCUGGAGAGCGAGAACGCCCGUCUGGAGGCCGCGCGGGAGUGGCGCAGCCGGGAGGCCGUCUUCUGGCAGUGGAUGGACACGGUCCUGGGCGCCUGCCCCCCCGACGCCUCGCAGCCCGCGUUUCUGCCUGGGCCCCACGAGUUUGGGGCUGAGGAGUUGGAGCGGGAGCUGCAGGUUCUGCAGGAGGAGCUGCGGGCGGCGGUGGAGGCCCGGCGGGUGUCCCUUGAGAGCAAGGUGAGGGCGCCGAGCUGCGGGCUUGGCCCGGAGUGGAGCACCGCCCGGCGGGCCGCCCAGGAAGCCGUGGGUCAGGAGCUGGCGGCCCUGCGGCAGGCCUGCGAGCGAGGCGGGGGCCGGGCCCAGCCCCACGGGCCCCACCGGCUGGUGAGGACAGAGCCAGGGGUGCUGGCAGGCCCGGGCCUGCGUGCUGCCGAGGCGAUUGGGGCCCUGCGGAGCCGGGAGGCCUGCCUGGAGGAGGCGCUGCGCCAGCUACAGGCCCAGUGUCGCCAGCAGCUGGCCAGGCUGGCGGGAGCCCUGCCCGGCCUCAUCUGGAUCCCGCCGCCCAGACGCUGA